GCUGUUUCAAAGUUCAAGAUCAAUUUCGAUUUUGGUAACUUUUCCGGUGAGACUAAUUUAUUGACGAUCUUUGAGUGACUCUGGACUGACCUUGAGAGUGACCACUAAAUAAUCACGACCAAAUCAUAGUAUUAUAAUAGUAUUCAAAGGGAUUUCGAUGAUCUUCCCGAUAGAUAACUCCAUCAUGAAAAUCUGAGUUUAUCAAAAUUUGGGAAAAUUGUAGCUUCAUUGCUUAAUUCUCCUGAGUAAAAUGCAAUCUCGAAGUCGUCCUCAAAGCAACCUCAAAAACUUUGGUCUAGAUGACUCGCGAAAUAGGUUUCAAAUAGAACUGGAAUUUGUCCAAUGUCUUGCGAAUCCUAACUAUCUAAAUUUUCUUGCACAGCAAGGUUGGUUUGAAAAGCCAAAUUUCAUAAAGUAUUUGAAGUAUUUACUGUAUUGGAAGGACCCUGCAUACUCAAGAUAUCUCAUUUAUCCGUAUUGUCUUCACCUGCUUGAUCUUUUGCAACAUGCGGAAUUUCGCUCUGCUCUUGCACGAGGUCAGAUAUGCCGAAUGAUCGAUGAUCAAAUUCUUCUUCACUGGCAGCACUAUAUGCGUAAGCGUGCAGCUCUUAUAGCUAAACACGUUGAAGAAACUAUACAACCCACUUAACUUCACGUCUGAGCUAUGGAAUGU